AUGGUGGACAAAUUCACAAGGGAGCGUUCACGUAUUCAGUAUGCUAGAAUUCUGGUUGAAAUGGAAGUUACUGAUAACCCCCCUAAAAGUAUACAAUAUAUCAAUGAGCAUGGCCAAAUCAUGGAGCAGGGGGUUGAGUAUGAAUGGCUACCGAUUAAGUGUAAGACUUGUGCUGGUUUUGGUCACUCAAUGACAGACUGUAGGAAGGUCCAGAAUACUCAGUGGGUCGUGAAGGAGCCUACAACUAAAAAGGAGAAAAAGGAUCAGAGAACUGAAGGACUUCAGGAUGAAGAGCUGGAGAAGCCUGCAACUCAAGCUAGUUCAGACGAUGGCAAGGUUCAGGUCAACCCAGUCGAAACUUUACAGCCUAAUAGUGAGGUAUUAGCUGCUAAUGAUAAAGGUAAUCAGGCAAGCCAACCUUGGCUUACUCCGAAACGAGUUGCUGCUUCAACCAAGGAAGGACAGAGUUCAGAAAUUACUGCUAAAAACUCAGGUCAAAAGUACAAAAAAUCAAAUAAGUUUGUGGUGCUACAAGAGCAAAUGAAUGUUAGAGGGCUUAAUGGUUCUAUUAAGCAUAGCCCUGUUAGUGACCUUUGUAGCAUAAAUAAAAUAGGAGUAGGUGGUCUUUUAGAGACUAAAAUGAAGGGAAACAAAAUAAUAAGGUUCAUGGACCAUCAGUUUCCAAACUGGGAAUUUCACACAAGUUCAGUUAUUGAAGGCCGACUGUUGAUAGUUUGGAGAAAGUUAUUUGUUAAAGUCAAUAUUAUUGAGGAAUCUAAUCAAUUUGUUCAUUGUUUGGUGAAGAUGGCUGGUGUGCAGCAAGAUUUUGGUGUCACUUUUUUAUAUGGUUUUAAUUCGAUUGAAGGUAGGAGAAAUCUCUGGGAAGGGUUGCAAAGGCCUACUCUUAUGGACAAAGCAUGGUUAGUUUUAGGGGACUUUAAUGCCCCUUUUUCAGGUAAAGACAGAUCAGGUGGUAAGCCUAUUUCCGAUUUAGAAUUGGUUGAUUCCGUUCGGUGGCUUGCGGGUGCUCAUGUUGAGCCUCUAAAAAGUUCCACUGCAGUGUUUAGAUGGGAAACCAUUUCAGACCACUGUUCCUGUCUAGUUAGAACUCAGCCUUUAGAGAAGAUUAGGUUAAAGCUUUUUCGGUUCUAUAACUAUUGGACAAAGCACCAUGAAUUUCGUGAUCUGGUUUUAUAUAGCUGGGACAGAAUUGGUGAUCUGAAGGUAAACUAUUAUAAGGCUAAAGAGACAUACCAAGAAGCUCAAUUGCAAGCUCAAGCAUAUCCUCAUGUAUUUAGUUAUCAGGAAGAUGAGAGAAUAGCAGCUGAAGCCUUCUCGGUUCAGGAAAGACUAUAUCAUAGCUUUUUAAUCCAGAGGAGCAAGAUAACAUGGCUGAGACAGGGAGAUAUGAACACUUCAUUCUUUUAUGCUUUUUUAAAGAAGCGUAAAGCUGAAAAUGGUAGUCCUAGCUCGGCUACAGGCAGAAUAAAUAUCCAGAAUGUUGAGAUGGGUUCUAAGCUUUCUGUUGAGCAACAAUUGAAGCUUCUUAAACCUUUUUCAAAGAAGGAGAUUCGGGAUUCAUUGUUUGGCAUUCCUAUUACCAAAUCUCCAGGACCUGAUGGAUUUGGUUCAGGCUUUUUUAAAGCUAGUUGGCAAGAUAUAGGGGAUGAGGUCUGUGUUGCAAUAACACAGUGUUUUGAAACAGGUUAUUUCCCAUCUAAGCUUCAUGAAACAACUUUGUCUCUGAUUCCUAAGGUAGCUAACCCCUCCCGAGCUGUUGAAUAUAGACCCAUAGCCUGCUGCUCUACAUUGUACAAGUGUAUGGCUAAAUUGAUUUGUAAGAGACUGUCCUUAGUUCUCCCUGAUCUUGUACAGCCAAAUCAGGGAGCGUUUGUUAAAGGUCGCUCUAUAGCCCAUAAUAUAAUGAUUUUUCAAGAUCUCAUCAAAAACUAUGGGAGGACUUCUACUUCAUCAAGAUGCGCUAUGAAGAUCGAUCUAAGUAAGGCCUAUGACACAGUAGACUGGGAGUUUCUUGAGGACUUGUUAAAAGCUCUAAGAUUUCCUAUGAAAUUCAUAGGAUGGGUUAUGUCUUGUGUUCGGAAUACAUCCUAUUCUCUUCUGAUGAAUGGCAGAGUUCAAGGCAAAUUUAAAGGUGAAAAAGGGCUGAGACAAGGUGAUCCCAUGUCACCUCAGUUGUUUGUUCUUAUAAUGGAAUAUUUGACAAGAAGUCUUCAACUAGCAGCGCUUAAAUCCCCCUUUAGAUAUCACCCUAUGUGUAAAAGUCUCAAGCUUAUUAAUCUGUGCUUUGCGGAUGAUUUGCUUUUAUUCUGUAAGAGUUCUAUCUCAGCUGUAAGAAGUGUCAAGGAGGUUCUUGAUGAAUUUGCUGCUGCUACUGGGCUUUCAAUCAACUCUGGUAAGUCUCAUAUUUUUUUUUGUGGAGUCACUAGCAAUGACAGAACUCGGAUUGCCCAAGAAAUUAAUCUGACUGAAGGUACUUUUCCUCUUAAGUACCUUGGGGUUCCCAUGAGGCCUACCAAAUGGAGACAUGAAGAUUGUGAGGUAAUUCUUCACAAAUUUCGUUUAAAAAUGCAGAACUGGGCGAGUAGACAUCUCUCCUUUACUGGUCGCAUACAACUUAUCCAUUCUGUUUUGCUUGGGCUUCGAAACUAUUGGAUGACUAUUUUUGUUUUGCCUCAAAGCAUUAUCAAGGAAAUUGAAAAACUUUGUAGGGGUUUUCUGUGGGGCACAUCUGGGCAGAGAAGCAAGAUUCAUAUCCCCUCUUGGCAGAAGGUUUGCCUCCCCAAAGCCUAUGGUGGAUUGGAAUUCAGAGAUGGAGCAAGUUGGAAUCGAGCUGUUUUAGCAAAGUAUGUAUGGGCUAUAUCUGCUAAACCAGAUUUGUUAUGGGUUAAAUGGAUCAAUUCCAUUUAUCUGAAAGGAGUCAAUAUCUGGAAUUAUGAACUGAAGGAAAAUUGCAGCUGGUAUUGGAGGAAGCUCUGCCAUCUCAAAGAUCGUUUUAACCCUGCUGCUAUUCUCUCUACUAGUGCGCAAGGGAAGUUUCAGUCUUCAAAAUUGUAUAACAGCCUUUUAGACCAGCAAAGGGUUGAUUAUUAUCGGAAUGUGGUUAACUCUAAGCUUUUAACAAGAGACAAUCUCAGUAGGCUGCAUGUUCAUAUGAAUACAUUGGUCUGUCCUGUUUGUGAGAGAUAUCCUGAGAGUCAUUCUCAUCUAUUUUUUGACUGCAUUCUCUCUAAACUGGUGGUUAAAAGUAUCUUUGAUUGGCUGGGGUUCGAUGCUUGGCCUAUUGAAUUUAAUAGCUGGAUGGUGUGGCUGGCUAGAGCUCGGAUUGGAGUUUCAACUGCUAUUGUGAAUAUGGUUAUUGCUGCUGUUAUAUACAGCAUCUGA